AAGCGCCAGAUAUCUGAGUACAUAUACAUAUCAUUCUUGUGCUAGUUGUAUUCUCAACCUUUUUUUCUUGAGCUCUUCAUAACAUCUACAAAAGAGAUAUUAUUUGUCGCAUCUCGCAUUUCUAUGGAACAGAUCAAGUUACGCUACUACCACUACGCGAUAAAUGAUAUUAUUACCGGACACGGCAGCCAGCGCUAGCCAAUGUAACCGAUUGUCCGGCUCUGGGGGUUGCCAAGAAGGGCUCCUAAUUUUGUUCGCAAGGGGGAGAGAUAACCGCCUCGAGCCUGUUUACAUAUCCGCAUAUCUCCCACAACUCCUAGCAUGUAUCAUCCUAUGGUACUUCUACGCCGUCGCCGAGUUUACUACCUCUUCCCCAUCGUCUUCGUCUUGGUGCUUCUUAGCCCUCCCUUCUGGCCAUCCGUAAGACAAUUCGGGGAUCGCGUGCGCCAAACUUUGCCUUUCGCCUACCAAUGGAAAGUCCAACAAGAUUUCGUACCUACGCAAAAUGAGCUCGACUGCUUACACGGCCUUACCCCUCGAUUAGCCACCGAUAGCGAUAAACACAUAGAUCCCAUACCCAACCAUGUUCAUUUCAUAUACGGGCUUAGUAACCCUUAUAGCAAGCCUAGCGCAGGUACCUUCGACUUUCUCUGCUACCUUGCCAUACGGAGUGCCAUUGUGGGCAUGAAAGCAGACAAGAUCUCGCUUCAUUACACAUAUCUUGCAGAUCCACCAUCGCCCGAACCCAAUGCGUCCCCUCUAUCGAAUCCAUGGAUACGUCUUUUAAAAGAUGAUAUCGACCUCGUCUACCAUUCACCUGAAGAGAUGACGGCCCUGAAGAGCUCGCCCGACGCGACCUGGCACGCCGCACAUGUAUCCGAUAUUCUCCGUUUGAAGCUCCUCCAAGAGCAGGGUGGUAUCUAUAUGGAUAUGGACGCCUUCGGUUUCCGACCCUUUACUACUCUCUUAAAAUCGCCACGCGAUAUAAUACUAGGCCACGAGGGCGGAAAUCGUGGGGGUCUGUGUAACGCCAUCAUGGUCGCUCGGAAGAACAGCUCUUUUAUAGCGAGAUGGCUUCGAGAGUAUAACGGUGCAGAUCUUUCUAAGGAGUGGAAUUACCACAGCGUUGUCCUUCCUAAAGAGUUGGAAUUAGAACAUCCGGACGAGGUCUGCACGUUAGCACCUAACGCUUUCUUCUGGCCAACUUGGACGUGGGACCAUAUCGAAUUCAUGCAUAAGCAGCUCAGCUCGGACGAAGCGCGUAAGUGGGCGGCGGAGAUAGACAGGAACGGUGGCAGUCUUUAUGAGGAUCAGCUCGCCUACCACGCAUGGAGUCAGAUGGCCUGGGAGAGACAUCUCAGCAAGUUGACUCCCGAGGUCGUGAGAACACGCGACACGAGAUUUAACAUCCUAGUUCGAGACUUUCUACAGGAUAAUCUAGCAGUCCAUCAGAACUAGCAGCAGUUCUAUAUAGGUUGGAUUCUCAUCAUAUUACGGAGUUGGCUAGCAUAGCGUGUAGUAUGUCUAGUUAAAAGCCCUAAUGUUAGUAUAUGGGUAAGCAUCCCAAAGAGUUAAACGGUUGAAUAGCAACCCUGUAGUAUUUUAUCAUCCGCUACUUUUCGAUAUAUAAUAGAUCUAUAAGGUCUAUAAGGUCCGAUAAGAGCGAUGGAUAAGGUAAUUCACGCUUUAUGAUGUCCUACACGGCCAUUGGACGGCACCGGCUCUACAGAUUUUGGCCAGCUGAUUCUGGAGGCGUGUUCCACUUGGGGCUAUAUCCUUUAGUUGAGUAAUUUAAGAAAUAGAUAGAACUGUGAUAAUGAAAUAUUCAUUCCACUAAA